ACUGCUGCCCUUCCCUGUGCAUCCGCAGCCUCGCCAGGCAGCGAGCUCCCUGCUCGCACCAUCUACCGGCCCUGGUUCUCACCGUACAGCUACUUCAUCGGCACCGCAGCAGCCUGCCAGCAGCACCUCUCCUCCAGCCUGGCUGUCGGCACCCAGGAGCCAGAGGAAGCCGACAACCUCUCGGAGACCAUCUGCUCCUCCUCCUGCUCCUCGGAGGAUCCCCAGCCCUCCCAGCAGGGCCGGCAGAACACCCGCAGGGUGAGCAUCACCGUGCGGGACAUCCUCGUGGCGGCGCGGGGGCAGCCGGUGCCGCAGCACGGCUACAAGUGCCGGGCGUGCUGCCGCGUCUUCCCCACGCUCUGGGCGGUCAAGACCCACAUCCAGCACAGCUCCCAGGAGGGCUACAGCUGCAAGGCCUACUACCGCAAGCUCAAGGUCCUGCUGGAGAAGGAGCACCAGGCGCAGGAGGCCGAGGGCCCCCCGGCACCCGAGUAGCCCCGGCCGCCGCGGGAGGGCACUGCUCCAUCGCUGCGGGCGCCAGCGCAAUAAACGCCACGCGGAGCGGGGCCUGCUGCUCUCCCGGGAGACACUGCUCUGCCGCGGCCCCUCGCUGACCCAGUGCUUCUGAUGUCCUUUAAAAGGCUGUUCCUGACUUUUCCCUUCCCAGCAACCCCCCCAGCCCCCAAAAAUAAAGCCACAGAGCCCAGAAAGCGCCGCUCAGCAUCUGGUAACCCUGGAGGCAGCAUCUGGCACCCUCCAGCCGUCAGCCAGCCCUGAGACAAGCCCACACCAUGCCUCUACCCCAAAAACACCAUUCGGGGUGCCUCACAGCCAGCAGGAGGUUGUGGUUGGGCACCACCAGCCAGGCAGAGCUGAGCUGCAGGGGAGGGCUGGGGGUCCCGCGGGGAAGGAUGCUCGGUUCCGAGGGGGCUGUGCGAUGCCAGAGGUGCCGGUGCUGGCUGCCAGCCCGGCCUGGCACAGCGUGGAGGGCAGGAGGAGUACAGAAAGAGAGAGCCAGCGAGAAGGAAGAGACAACAGAAAGCCUUGAGAAAU